AUGGAUCCCGCAUGCGCCACAGGCAGACCACCUUCACCGCCCUCAUCGACCACCAGCCACAGGCUGGGCCUACCCCACAUGUCUCCAACAAUCAAUGGCUUUCUGCCGGUGAGAGCGGAAUUGACAAUGGGCACCAUUACAACCGGCUUCAAAGAUGCCUACCUCAGUGGAUCUGGCCCGCAUCUAGCUGCAGUGCUCACCCCAAUCUCGACGCCCGAUGAUCCAGACCGACUGCGGACUUUCUACCAAUUCUCCAACGCCUCGUUCCUUUCUAAGGACCUCCAAUACGCGUUACUCCAUGGAAAGAGCCUGAGAAUUCCCAAGGCAGAGCAGAAUGCCUGGGUUGACAUCUUCUCCGCAUUCUGGGAAGCUGUUGGCGAGAUCCUCAAAUGUGAAGAUCGUCACCCCGGUGCCAGCAUUGUCGCUGUCUUCAAUGCGUGGAAGAAAGUUGCCAACACUUUGAUCAGAGGAUACUCGAGCUCUACCAGCCUCCCUGCUUGGACACUGCCAUGCUUGUACACGGUGGGAAAAUACCUGCGCAUCUUUGCGAUCAAUGCCGACCUCGAGGCCGCAUCGCUGGGCUCGGCUGGCUUUGGUUUUUCGGAUGAUAUCGCAGGAGAUUUCGAGAAGAAUGCUCACCUGGAGAAUGCUGCCCAGAUCAUCAAUCGGAUGUUUACUCUUUGUCUCAGUGAUAGGGCACCCAUCGAGGAGUCUCGCAAGUGGGGUAUUUACCAAAUGACCAACCUGUUAUUCAAAACUUAUUUCAAGUAUUAUGUUGGAGUCAUCCACUUCCUAGAUGAGAAUUACGUAGAGGCGGAAGAGCAUUUGACAUGGGCCUGGAAGAUGUGCCACAAAGAUGCGUUCAAGAACCGAGAAUUGAUACUCACAUAUCUUAUUCCCUGCCACCUCGUGACUACCCAUACACUGCCCACCAAGGAACUUCUUGCGCCAUUCCCACGACUUGAACAGCUUUUCCGGUCUCUUUCGACAUGCAUCAAGAAGGGAGAUUUGGUUGGAUUCGACCAGGCAAUGACCGCUGGCGAGGAGCAAUUCGUCAAGAGACGCAUUUAUUUGCCUCUUGAGCGUGGUCGUGAUAUUGCUCUUCGCAAUCUAUUCCGCAAAGUUUUCCUCGCUGGAGGCUUUGAGGAGCCUAAGGACGGCCAGCCAGCAAUUCGGCGAAGCCGUGUUCCCGUAGCCGAGUUUGCCGCUGCUCUUCGAGUUGGUACCGACACAAACGGUCGGUCCCGAGUGGAUAUCGACGAAGUGGAAUGCCUACUGUCCAACCUCAUUUACAAGGGCCUCAUGAAAGGAUACAUUGCUCGUGAACGUGGCAUCAUCGUCCUCAACAAGAAAGGCGCUUUCCCGGAUACUGGUGUCUAA